AUGCUUUAUAGGUACAAAUUUUGGAUCGCUUUACUGUUAAUAUAUACGGUUUUUGUAGAUGCAGAUGAGCAUUCCCACUUGUAUGAAGUCGGUGAGGAUGUAGUAAUAUGGGUCAAUACUGUAGGUCCACGCUCGAAUCGACAAGAAACAUACGAGUAUUUUCAAUUACCAUACUGUAAGGGAAUUCACGUUGCUGAACAUCAUCAUGAAACGUUAGGCGAAGCAUUAUUGGGUACGUACAUGUUAUAUGGGAUUACGCAAACUACACAGAGUAUGGAGCUGGUGAAUUCUGGGAUUGAGAGGAGUCUUCAAUUGUUUUUUAUUGAAUCUCUUAAUAAGAAGACAAAUUGUAGGAAAAAGAAAUUACCGAUUGUCCUAUUCAUAGAGGAUGUUAAAACUAUUUAUCAAGCAAUUUCAGCUGUAAACGAACAAAAUGCAACUAUCUGUGAGAAAGAACUAACAGCAAAAGAUGUAAAUCUUUUCCGUUACGCUGUUGUUAAUAAUUAUUGGUAUCAGAUGUUUCUUGAUGACCUGCCAAUAUGGGGAUUUGUUGGUGAAUUAGACAGUGUCUCGGGUGAUGUGUUUCUAUACACGCAUAGAGAAUUUGAAAUGAGUUAUAAUGAUGACAAGAUUGUUCAAGUGAAGCUUGAAAGUGGAAGUCCUAUAAAAUUGCAUUGGGAGACCAGGGAUAUCCCAUCACGAUUUUCAUAUUCAGUUAAAUGGGUUGAAACUCAAGAUUCGUUUGAUACAAGAUUCGAUAAACUUUUGGAUACUGAAUUUUUUGAACAUAAGAUUCAUUGGUUUUCUAUUUUCAAUUCGUUUAUCAUGGUUAUUUUUUUAGCGGGUUUUGUCAGCAUUAUAUUACUUCGCAUGUUAAAAAAAGACUACGCUAGAUAUGAUAAAGAAGAGUUACUUGGAGAUUUGGAUCAUGAUUUGGGUGAUGAAUAUGGUUGGAAACAAGUUCACGGUGACGUUUUUCGUGCUCCAAGAUCGUUAUUGCUCUUUUCAGCAUUAGUUGGAACUGGUCACCAAUUAGCAUGGUUAACGCUUGUUAUAAUUUUAUACACAAUAAUUGGAAAUUUAUACGCAGAGCGCGCUACUAUUUUGACGGCUUCAAUCUUCUUUUAUACAUUGACUUCAGUGGUUGCUGGUUAUACAAGCGCAAGCACUUAUUACGUGUACGGAGGUCGUCAUUGGAUAAAGAAUGUUCUAGUUACGGCUUCUUUAUGGCCCGGAAUUCUAAGUAUUAUCACUAUAAUAAUUAAUUCCAUUGCCAUGUAUUAUUCUAGUUCACGUGCCAUCCCUUUCACGAUUAUGUUGGCAAUGUUUGCAAUUUGGUUGUUCCUUGUGUUUCCAUUAACAUUGCUUGGAACAAUUCUUUGUCGUAAUUGGGCAAGUCGCCCAAGUUUUCCUUGUCGUGUUAAUCCUAUUCCUAGACCAAUUCCUGAAAAAAUUUGGUAUGCAGAACCGCUCAUGGUUGUAGCUUUAGGUGUAACAGCAUGUGUUACCAUAGUUAGCACAUAUAUUUUGCUUAAUGCUGAGGAUCAUCGAUGGCAUUGGAUGAGCUUUUUGACUUGUGGAUCUACUGCAAUAUAUGUUUAUUUAUAUUCUAUAUAUUAUUAUGUUAAUAGAACAAAAAUGUACGGUCUCUUUCAGACAUCAUUUUAUUUUGGAAACAUAGCUAUAGUAUGUUUUGGAUUAUUCGUUAUGUUGGGUAAGUAG